CAGCAUAUGAAACUAAGAAUUCAUGGCCAAACCUGUGGCUUUUACUAAUGCAAAGCCACCGUCUAAUCUCCAUAGCCAUAGAACCACAUCACAAACUCACACCGUCUCCUUUCUCAAUCUCAACAACCUCAGUUUCAUAUCUUGUGCUCUGACUCUCGGACACAAGAAUAAGCAACCCAAUUGGUCAAAACCUUCGUUGGUACGCUCAAAAUCUGGGCUUGGGCUUGGGCCUGUUGACCCAUUGGAAAUGGCAGCAGAAGCUUGGAAUCGCACUGCUCUUCUUGUAAUUGACAUGCAGAGAGAUUUUAUAGAAAAUGAGGGUCCUAUGCUUGUAAAAGGAGGGAAAGAAAUUGUCCCCAAUGUGAUCAAAGCUGUGCAAGUUGCAAGACAACGUGGAAUUCUCAUAGUUUGGGUCGUCCGCGAACAUGAUCCUUUAGGAAGAGAUGUUGAACUCUUUCGCCGGCAUCUAUACUCGACAGGUGAAGUUGGUCCAACCUCUAAGGGAAGCCCAGGUGCAGAGUUAGUUGAUGGGCUAGUAAUCAGAGAAGGGGAUUAUAAACUCGUGAAGACUCGGUUCAGUGCAUUCUUUGCUACACAUCUUCACUCAGUUCUUCAAGGAGCAGGAAUUAACAAUCUGGUUAUCACUGGGGUUCAAACUCCAAAUUGUAUAAGGCAAACUGUCUAUGAUGCCGUAGCAUUAGACUAUCAACCUGUAACUGUUAUUGUUGAUGCCACAGCCGCUGCCACGCCUGAUAUUCAUCUUGCUCCAUUAUGGUGUUUGGAUUCCUUCAAGGCAUGUUCAUUAUGUUAUUCUUCUCCAAAAUAACUCUAUGAUGAUCAAAUUUCAUAUCUGAUGAUGUGUGGUUUCAGCCAAUGUGUUUGACAUGAAAAACAUUGGGGUCGCAACCCCAACGCUACAAGAAUGGACCGACUUCAAAGCUUGACAACUUGGUGUGCCUUGGUGAUGUUCAAUUCAAGACUCAAAAAAGUUGCAUAUGUCUCUGUCAAGUUAAAAUGCAGAGAGUGAAAAAAAUGAGAAAAAUGUAUGAUGUUUUGCUUUGCUGCUGCGUAUAGUGGCUAAAAUUUGGAUUUAACUUUCAAAAUCUUCCCAUACUAUAAUUUUAAAUGAGUCAAUUAAUUUUAUAAAAUUUGUAGUAAGUUUUACGAUUUUACGGUUUAAAUCUUGUUAUAGAAUAAUUUUAUGUUCUA